UCUUAUGUGUUUGUUCGUGUGUGUGUGUGCUUGUGUGUUAUGCUUAAUGUGACCAUCUGUGCAAGCUCAGUGAGAGAGGAGAAGGAACCUCAAAUCCUCCUUUAUCCUUUCAGCUCCUCAGUCUCGCAAGGUCUGUAUCACAGGUAAGACGCUACGCUGUUUCAGAAGCCUGGACCAAACUGUGUUUUCAAGAAACCCUGGAGAAAAAAGACACAAACAUGAAAACUGACAUUUGGAUCGAUUGGAGAGGACACUAAUUAAGAGACUUAACUGAGACUGAAGUUUUUACAUCAUUGACAACUUGCGGCUUAAAACUUCCUCGACACAAGCAAACAGGAAAGACUUGUUGGAUGGAGGAAAACAACUUCUCUUACUUAUUAAGAUAAUAUUUUCUUUUGGCUGCCUCAUUUAGAUCCCUACAGAAGGGAAACUAUUUUGCAUUCCACAGCUUCUUAACUAAACAAUGGGCUGUUCCCCAUCGAAGGGUCAGCUGUUUACAGGGGUGGCAGGCCCUCACAGGGCUCUCCCCUCUGCUACAGAGGACCACCUCCACCUGAAGCCUGGGGAGGAAGAAAGACACUUGGGGACCAAUGAGGGAGCAAACAACCUUCCAUUACCAGCUAAGGAGGAGCCCCCGAUGCCAGCUGAAGCACCUGAUGUAGCCCCUGGCACAGCCAUCGUAUCCACUUCAAGGGGCAACACUGAAAUAGAGGUCAAUGUGAAGUCAGAGGGGAGGGACAUACAGCCGGAGCCUUUAGCAAUGGGGAUGCAGAUGAAAAAGGUCGACAAGAAAAGAAAAAUCAAGGGCCCCAAACAGGGCAGACGAAGAGAAAAGGAGAGGAAGUCCUCCAAUGUACACACCAAGGUGGACCUACCUGUACAUAUGGUGAAAGCCCACCAGGCGGCCUAUGCUUACUUGAACCCCAAUAUCUCCAAAUAUGAGACGCUGCUAGGACUGCUGGACCAGGCCACCCAGACACAACUCUCCCUGCAGCCCAUGAUGACAGCCAUUGUGAUGCGCUUUGAGGAGGUCAACCAGGCCCUGGAGGAGAUGGCGGAUGAGGGAGAGCAGAUGCUGACAGAGCACGGUGACCACAUGGCCUGGCCUUCUGGGAAGAGGGCCUUACCUCCUGUGCCCACUAGGCCCACAGCUAACCCAUCUGACCCACCUCCAGACCUCCUGCAGCAGAUGCUCCAGCACUCCACAGAGAAGAUGAGGCUGGUGGGGAGCUCAGUACAAGGCCUGGGAGACACUGCUCUGGAAGAGGCAGUGGAGUACUUUGACUCUCUCUCCAAGCUUCUGGGGGAGAGGCUACAGGCCAAGCGGGCAGCAGAGGGACGGCUGACACAGGUGCUUGCACGUGUGGAGGCGGCAGCUAGGAGGAAGUCCAGCCCGGAGGACUCUGCCCUUCACAGUGAGGACAGUGGCAUAGGAGGAGAGAACGAGUCUCUGCCUGGCUCGGACCGACACCGGCACCACCGGGGGAGCUCUGGGUCUGGGGGAAACACCCGCACCAAACCCCAAUGUCCCACUAACGAAUGUGAGGAGGAGGAGGAGGAGGAGGAAGAUGACGAUGAUGAGGAUGAAGAGGAGGAGGAAGAGGAGGUUGAGAGGUCAGGAAGGAAAAGGUCAAAUUCUUCCCCACCAGACCCCAGUCAGCCUUUCCUCCCUUCGCCCCCACAGCAAGGUCACAACCAGCUGCCCAGGCGCCCCCUCACUGCUGCCCCCUCCGCCAGGCCGGCUAGACUGCAACGCUUACGGUCCACAGAAUGUGUACACGCCCUCCUGGAGCUGCAAAAGAGCCAGAGAGACUUGGAUCAGCGCAUGAAGAAGAUGGCAGACAGAGCAGAAGGAGGGGCCAACUAUGCUCUGUACAGGUCGGGGCUGAGAAGUCAUUCCUCAGGGUCGGCGGUCAGACAUGCACUGAAAGGCAACCUUAAGGGAAACCAAUCAUCAAACCAGUUACCAGCCUUAGUACCCCAUCCCCCAGGCCGCAACUCAGUCAGAAGAUUGAUAAACACCUUUAGCAAUGGGGUGGACGGCCGACCCGGCCAAAGCCUGGCCAAUAUACCUCCAAACAUCCGGGGACCAAGGAAGAGUGGGACUCCUUUCUUACCCAACAUAGGCAUGGGGGAGCAGAGCCACGUCAACAAUGAUAAUAACAACAGCUGGCCUGUGGAGGCCAGAGAGGAUGUGGACAUGGACAGCCUCCCCCCUCCUCCCCUGGAGGUUCUGAUGGACAACUCCUUCCAGAGCACAGAGGAGAACACCGGGGAGGAUGAGGGGCCGGAGGAAGAGAGGAAGGCUGGGCACACAGCACGCCAACGGAGCAGUGCGUCCCAGCGGCUGAGGGCCUCCAUGCAGAAUGUGACGGUGCUUCCUAACCGCAGCACUGUAAGGCGCAGCUCCCUCAGCAUGUCACCUGCUCGCCCUGUCAGGCAGGACCCUGUGGCGGGGUUCCAGGGUCCAGAACUGCUGGCCGACGAAGAGCAGGAUCCUGAGAAAGAGCAGGCUGCUAGCCUCUACAGACAGGCCCGCAAGAUCAUCCACCUGCGCAAUGCCGCAGAGUCCCCAGUGAGAGCAGCAGAGCAAGGCCUCAGAGGGCCCUCUCCUCUCAGAGCUGGGGUGAGACAGGGGAGUGAUGACUACUGUGAGGCGGAGGCCUACUACAGCACUCUGCCGCCCACCACCCCACCUGUGUCCAGAGUCCGCCUACCACCCUCCUGUCCUUCUGUGCACUACAGAAUACCCAGCCCCCCAGCCUACAAAAACCAGCCCACCUCUUCAUCCCAAACCUCACGCCCAACCUCUCCCAGGGUCUUGACAUGGGCAAGGGACACCAGCUGUGAAGAGAACAGCUCCAUAUCUUUCUAUGAUGCCCGCUCAGUGUUCAGUCAGAAUAGACAGACCUCUUCCGACACCUCCACCCUCCCAAGACCCUGGGAGGAAUCUUCCAGGGGCCGGAUGCCCACCCGCGGGUCACAGACUGCCAGACGAACCCAGUCUGACAGAAGGCCCAGCCUGACCGAGGGAACUGGCCCUUGUCACAGCAACAACACUAACCCUACAGCAUACAACAGGCUGAACGCCAUUACAGUGACAGAAGGGGACAACCAAUCAGAUCCAAAAGGCAUUUCUCCAACAGCCUUGAACACAGAGCAGAGCAUGGCAGUCCAGAAUAUGCAGAGGGAAUUGGAGGAUGGGGAGGGAGCAUAGAGGGGGAUUAUGGAUUAGGACUCUGAAGCUAAUACUUUUUCUCUUUUUUCAUUGCCUUUCUACAGUUUAAGGGCAAAUGAGCUUAUUAUAUGAAAGUGUUUUAGGUACAUGCACUACACCUCACUCAAAUUGUUUUAUUCAAAUACCUUGUAAAAAAAUAUAUAUAUAUAUUUGGUUUACUUCAGAUAAAUUAUUGUAUUAUCUUUUCAAGUAUGCUAAUUAUGUGAACACACUAACAUGAUACUAAUAAUAAUCCAAUAAUGAUUGGUUCUAUUAAAAAUAUGGAAAUAUACAGAAACAUUCUUAUUUUCUGGAUUGUUUGUUUUAAGGGUGUUGAGUGUACCUUCCAUUUAACACAAUGCAAUAAGCAACAAAAAAAACUGAUAUCACAAAUAUUGGGCGUGAAGUAACCCAUGUCUAGUUUUUAUGUAAUGUGUUUUUGAACUAUUCUUGUUUAUUUACAUUAUUGGUUUUCUUAUCAAUCAUGACAUGGUAUUUGUGUUUAGUCAAACUUUGUUUUUGCUUGUUUUUUACAUUGGAUGGUUCCCAAUAAAACAUGUAACUGUG